UUCAUUUUGAAAGCUAGAUCAAAAUACUGCUCCGGUCUAGUGAAAAGAUGGUGUCUGAUGUAGGUGCACCUUUAACUGUGAGCCCAUCUUACACUGAUGUGGUUUUUUGUUGUGUGAACACGUGUUAUUGACAAGUGAAGAUGUGCUGUGUCAUUUUCCUCCCAGCUGAUCAGUCAGUGUGUGUUUAUGAGGAUCCUUCAGUGAGCUCUGAUGAAAUGUUGCGUUUUUUUGUGGCAAUGAUUAAGCUGAAAGUCUGCACAGGUAAAAUGAUGAUGUGAGGAAACACGUUGACACAGAGGGGAAGGAUCAGAGAGAGAGAGACAGAGAGAUUAGACCUCCCUCGUCGUUCUUUUGGUCUACGGAUGGGAGGAGGAGGAGGAGCAUCAUAACACCGCCUGAAGGACGCAGAGCUGCGGUUCGGAACCGGGCUGAGGAACCAAAUCCAGUCGGCACCGGUGCUGGGUGGAGAUGUAACAUCCCGGAUGUGGGGAAACAGCGUCCUGUAGUUCUACGUCGGGUAUUAGGAGCCGUCAUACAUAUACAUGCGUAGUCUACGUAUUUAAAUAUGAUGUAGCCGAUACGCACUGGCUGGACAGGCGGUGAAGAGAGGUCGCUGACGGACUGUGCGUAAUGCUGAGUGGACAGCAGUAUUUCUCGCUGUAUAUUCCAGCCUAGACGGGCUAUUGACAAGAGAUUCGCACUUCUUCUGCAGUGCAGCUCGUCAUUAUAACCAGAUGCUCUCCGCCGGACCGGACCCGUUCAGUUUCAUGCCGUCCAACCCGACCGGAGCCUGAGCCGAAGGAUGCAGGUUAAAAACCAGAUCUGCACAGAGCGGAGCAGCACCGACGACCCGGAGCAGGAUGACAACCAGAAGAAGACCUCGUGUUUUUCCAACAUUAAGAUUUUCCUGGUGUCGGAAUGUGCGCUCAUGUUGGCACAGGGCACCGUGGGCGCUUAUCUGGUAAGUGUUCUGACCACUCUGGAGAGACGCUUCAACCUCCAGAGUGCAGAUGUGGGCGUUAUUGCCAGCAGCUUCGAAAUCGGCAACCUGGCCCUCAUCCUGUUUGUCAGCUACUUUGGCGCCAAGGCCCACAGACCCCGUCUUAUUGGCUGCGGCGGGAUUGUCAUGGCGUUGGGGGCAUUGCUGUCAGCCCUGCCAGAGUUCCUGACUCAUCAGUAUGAGUACGAGGCCGGGGACUCGUGGCACGCUGAGGACGGCAGGGAUGUCUGCUCCAACAUUUCCAGGUCAGAAAACCGAGACUCUGGGUUUAAAUGUGGCAACAGAGCCAACACCAACAUGAUGUACCUUCUGCUGAUCGGAGCCCAGGUUCUGCUGGGCAUUGGAGCCACACCUGUCCAGCCUCUGGGAGUGUCCUACAUCGAUGACCAUGUCCACAGGAAGGACUCCUCGCUGUAUAUAGGUAUUUUAUUUUCAACAUUAGUGUUCGGCCCGGCCUGUGGCUUCAUCUUAGGUUCUGUCUGUACCAAAGUCUACGUUGAUGCUGUCUUCAUCGACACCAGUAAGCUGGACAUCACCCCAGAUGACCCUCGCUGGAUCGGGGCGUGGUGGGGUGGCUUCCUCCUCUGCGGUGCCUUACUCUUCCUGUCGGCCCUUUUCAUGUUCGGCUUCCCCCAGGCACUGGAUGAGCAGGACAUGGACGGUGGAGGGGAGAGUGAGCAGGCCAUGCUGCCUUCUUCACUGACCCUGGAGUACCAGGGCUCUAAACCCAACGGAGCCAUUCAUGGCUUUGAUAUAAACAGCGGGCUCUCAGUUUGUGAGCACCUGAGAGUAAUCCCGCGGGUAACCAGACACCUUCUCUCCAAUCCGGUGUUCAGCUGCAUUACGCUGGCAGCCUGUAUGGAGAUUGCUGUUGUUGCUGGCUUUGCUGCCUUCCUGGGAAAAUACCUGGAGCAGCAGUUCAACCUUACCACCUCCUCAGCCAAUCAGCUGCUAGGUAUGACAGCCAUCCCCUGUGCCUGUCUGGGUAUCUUCCUCGGGGGGCUGCUGGUGAAGAAGCUGAACCUGUCAGCUCUGGGCGCUGUCCGCAUGGCCAUGCUGGUCAACCUUGUGUCCACUGCCUGCUACGUCUCGUUUCUCUUCUUGGGCUGUGACACUGGACCUGUCGCUGGGGUUACUGUAGCCUACGGCAACGAGACGUUGCAUUCCUGGCAGCGACCUGAGUCAGCGUGCAUCAAUAACUGUAACUGCUACACAGCAUCAGUGAGCCCUGUCUGUGGUUCCAAUGGAGUCACCUACCUCUCAGCCUGCUUUGCUGGCUGCACCAAACCAAACCUGACCAGCUGCACGUGUAUAUCCAGCACCAGUGAAGACGCGGUGGCUUUACCGGGGAAGUGUCCCAGUCCAGGCUGUCAGCAGGCCUUCCUCACCUUCCUGUGUGUUAUCUGUGUGUGCAGCAUGAUCGGGGCUAUGGCCCAGACACCCUCUGUAAUCAUCCUUAUCAGGACUGUGAGUCCAGAGCUAAAAUCGUAUGCCCUAGGAGUUCUGUUCCUGCUCCUGAGACUGAUAGGCUUCAUCCCCCCCCCUCUGAUCUUUGGCAUGGGCAUCGACUCCACCUGUCUGUUCUGGAGCUCUGUCUGCGGCGAGAAGGGAGCCUGCAUGCUCUACGACAACGUGGCCUACAGGCAUCUGUAUGUCAGCAUCGCCAUCGUCCUCAAGUCGUCAGCCUUCAUCCUGUACACCACCACAUGGCAGUGUUUGAGAAAGAACUACAGGAAAUACAUCAAGAACAGCGAGGGUUACCUCACACCCACCGAACUCUUCGCCUCCAAUGUGACUCUGGACAAUCUGGGCAAGGAGAUCACUCAGAACCCAGCCAACAGGACAAAGUUCAUAUACAACCUGGAGGACCACGAGAUGUGUGACAACAUGGAGUCAGUUUUAUAGUGGUGGUCUGCACCAGGACUGCAGAUUGGAGCCCAGGCUGUUAAUGUGCAACUGAUCUGAUGUGAUCUUUGGUGUCGUAUCAGUUUAGAAGAAUGUUCUCAGUAAGGGUCUUAUCUUCUUCUCUCCCAAAACAUCAGACAUAGUGAAAAAUAAUUGAAGAGAUGCUUCCCAAAUGCUCCAUAUCCACACUGCACUUUUUUUUUUUUUUACAUUUCCUUACAUUUCCUAUUUGUCAGCAAACAGAGAUUAGCAGCAAAGAAACAAUCAUCCCCUGAUAUGAUUCUCUUUAGUUGAACUGUGUUAACAGUUCAAAAUGCAGUCACUUUAUGUUUGGAUUUAUUAGGAGACCGGAGCUCUUUGAGAAGCAGAAAUCUGAAGUGUUGGUUUUUCAUUAACGUUAUUAGACAGUUUAUUUUCCUUUAGAAGGAAGUACUUCUCAGGUCCAGACCAGAUAGAUAAGAUGACGGUUAACAUGGUAGUUUCUCUUGUUCAUGGAUGCAUAUUUGAUCUCAUGGUUGGAGCAUUUUUCCAGACAAACAUACUGUAGGUAAUCCUGCUGGAGACCUAUUAACAGACUUUUAUGUCCCCUCUCUCAGUUGUAUAACUUUAACACAAUAAAUAGGGAAAAACAGACUGACAUUGACUACAGAGGCCUGUUUAGGCACAUUACACAAGAAGCAAAGGAAAACUAACAAAUCAGCAACAAGAAAUAUUACAGGAUCAGGCAUAAUCCCAGUAAUUUAUCUAAUAAUAAAAAGUAAGGUAGUGAGCAACAUGUUGCAUCACCACCCCAGAGGUCUUGAUUUCCUGGCUGCACCAUUAAAGCCUCUGAACAUACGGAGUCACAAUAUAAAAUAUGUAGAAAAAAUAUAAACCAAUCUAUCCCAAAACCAAACCAAUUAAUUUCUAACCUAUGACAGAAUACCUGUGUUUUCUUUAAUCAUUAUACAGUGAGCAGUGGAAAAUUAAUGGAAGAUACAGUUUUAAAACAUGUAUUGUUCAAUAUCCUAUAAAAAUGAAACUUGAGUGUAGAUUACAACAAUAUCUGCGAUAGAAACUGGUUUUAUUUUUCAUUUUGUGCCACCAGUCACUCUGCCAGAGCAGCGGUCACUGUGCCUCAGAGGAUGGAUAUUUUCCCAUUUUGGAACCAAACUCUUAAGUUUGAGUCAUACAUGUUGCUCAGAUUUUAAAAAUAAGGAGCAGUAGCUUUUAAUGUAAUUGGCCCAUUCUUGAGGGCAUUUUAGAACAUUUGUUGACGGUAGAGUGUUGAGCCAGUAUAUAAUAAUUAUCCCUUUAGUGUGUCAUAGUGUGGAGUUUUGCUACGAAUGCUGGACGAGAUUCUGACACAGAUUUCCUGUUUCAGAGUCGCAGAACUGUUUUGUUUUUUACUUCAUUAUAUUUGUUGAUAUUCAGUCUUUUCUCUUUGACAUUUAUAGAAAUUAGGUGCAAUGUCCAAAAGUAUAUUUUAAAAAAGUCCUUAAUGUUAAGCUGAUGAUCUAAAAAACAAUAGACUUUUAAAGAGGAUAAACAAGUUUGGUGGCCCAUCUAUGAAUAGUUGGACAAGACACAUAUGAGCUGAUUCAGUAACUGAACCUGUAACAUUUCAGUUACAUGACUGUCUCUCUAACCUCUGAUUUGACUAUACCACCAUUAUAAUUCUGCCAGGAACACUCACGUCAAUGGCGCAUUGAGACAGAAAUACAGUUUGACUUGGUGGUGUAAUUCCACUCCUGGGGACGCCCCCUGCAGCAGUAAUGCAUGGAACACACAGCAACAUGAUAAAGAACAAGCAGGGAACAUUGCAAAUAAGACUCUCCAGGGUACGUGUGUGUAGUCAGGCCAAAGCAGGUGGAGGCUGUGGGGGAGGAGGCCUUCACCAACAGAGUCAGUAACAGCAGCAAAGCUCACAUGAGCAAACACACUGUGGGGUGUGAAGGCAUUUAAGUAGAACGCCAAGUCAAGGCACUGAGACAUGAUGAUUGUGGUGGGCUAGCUGUCAGCAGACACAGCAUAGCAUGACGCACAGUGUUCGGCCACAAUUAGUUCAUUUAAAAGCAUGCUAGUAAUGCAUGCAAUGAUAAAAAAGAAGAAUUCAGUAUGUCACUAAGCUGCACAGGCUCUGUGGUUUGGUUGCCAUGGUAAUGGUUAAAUAUACAUUUAACACCAGUGGCCUCCAAAUUCUAUUUUAGACCAUGGAAAAGCUUUAUAAUGCAUACUGCAUUGUGAUGUUGACGAUUUUUAGCAAACCUCAGCUGACUCAUAAUCACUCACACUGCAGUGAUUGUCUGAACACAGAUUUUUUUUUUUUUUCCAAAUGAUAAUUUUGUGUUUGGGAAUUCAAUGGGAUUCUGAUUUCUGACAUAUCCAGUUUAUAUAGAGAAUAUUUUUUUUUUUUUCUGGCUUACUUUGUAAGUAUUUAAUAUGUUUUGCAUCAAAAAUAUGGACCUUUGUCCAGCCACUCACCAUUGCAAUAGAGUUCAUCCCUUUGAUGUUUAGAGAUGGAGGUUAAAUGAGCAGUUCAACAUUUUGGGAAAUAAGCUUAUUCACUUUCUGGCCAAGAGUUAGACAAGAAGCUUGAUACGUCUCUCAUGUUUGUAUGGCAAAUAUGAAGCUAGAGCCAGAGGCUGGUUAGCUUAGCUUAGCAUAAAGACUGGAGACAGGGCCAAACAGAAACAGCUAGCAUGGCUCUGUCCUGGUGUAAAGAAGAAUCCACCUGCUACGUGUGUGUAUUUUUUUUUAAAUUAGACUGGUGGUGAUGAGAAUCCAGGGAGUCAGUUCACCCUAAGACAAUUGAAUUUUAUCACAUAUACAUCUCAUAGUCUGUAUGAAAAUAAUGGAUGUAGCCACUGUGAUGUCAUCCAUUGGAUUGUGGACUCCAGUUUUGAAAACUUGAGUUUGGCAUUUUGGCCUUCACCAUCUUGGAUUUUCGGAGCCACAAGUGAAUUUAUUCAGACAAGACAGUGGAGUUGUGGAUGAGUGAAAGUUGGAUCUGACUAGAUAAAAAUUUUCUACAGGUUGAACAAAUAAGAUAUAAGGUGUUCAUAGAUUAUCUUUAGAGGUGCUUAAAGGUGGAUUUUGUUACCAAAGCCAGGCUAGCUUCCCUUGUGCUAAGCUAGGCUAAGCUAAGCUAACCACCUGCCGGUUGUAGCUUUAUAUUUACCGUACAGACAUGGACGUGGUAUCAAUCAUCUAACCUAACUCUCACUAAGAAAGCAAAUAAGCAAAAGCCCUAAAAUGUUGAAGUGUUCUUUUAAGUUAAAGUUCCAUGUUUCAGUCUCAUUUUAUGCUGCCGCUCAUGUUUUAUGAGUACAUUUUUUGCAAAUAGUGGAGCUCAUUUUGGAUCCACACUGUUCAUAUGAUGUAUUUAGUUUAGCACUUCAGUGAACGAAUAGUAUAAGAUUUAAAGUAUACAUUGAUGAUGCCUCAGCAUCAUAAAUAAUAAAGAGAAUAUUAUAUCAGAUGGGGAAACAGACAGUUGUUAGAGAAUGUCGGAGAUAAAGAAUGGACCUAUAUUCACCACAGAGCCAGACCAGACUGAUGUGUCUGGUUGGUUUAACAUGAACUAAGAGAGUAUAAACACAGAUUUUAGCACAUCAGUGAGACUUCGAUCCUUAAAAUGGAAGAAUUUUUGGGUACUGAUUAGGUCGGGUUUGAAAAUGUUUCUAAACUCAAAAUCUGACCGUCCCUGAUGGGAAGAUUGGCUCCUAGCAGGACAUUGAGGACAGCAUCAUGCGAAGAUGUACAAACUAUUAAAAAGGAAGCUUCUAACGGGGAGGAGAGUGUUAACUAACUUUACCAGCUGGCCACUAUCUCCUCCUCAGUAACCCCCAACAGGUGGCGCUGUCUUUGAUAUCUGUGAUGUCCAGUGUGUCAUAGUGCUGACUCCUCUGUACAUAAUAGUGCCAUACAAGUGCCAAAGUGACACCAUAGAAGUGUUCUGUAAUGUCCUGCAGAGAACUUUGUCUCACCACGCUGGAGCUCAGAGCAGAUCCUCCAGCUGUAUGUAGCCUUUCUGUGAUAUCCCUCCACUUACUUUCACCAUAUCAUACAGAAGUGUCCCAAAAACAUAUUGCCUAUAAAAUAUUAUAUAUGGGUCUAGAAAACAGUAUAAUUUAGGAUGUAAUAACUGUUAAUAUGUAGAACUUUUCUACUAGUGAAGGUAUUGUCUAAUUUAGAUUAAUCUCUCUUUCCAUCAGUGGCAAAGCUGAUAACUGUUUGUUGCUUUGGUCCAAAUAAAAACAAUACUUUGCUUGAAAUAAGUGGCACCAAUGUUGAGCUAUAGCCUGACAUUGUACAGUAGAUAAGGUUGACCGUAGAAAGUCAGCCAAACUUCACUGAUAGCAGUCCUGCACCUGUGCCUGGAUAUUAAGCUCUACUCUGAGACUUCCUGAUGUUGUGCCAUAUCAACCCGUGCACUGUAACAUUCAACACUCGCAAAGAAGAAGCCAACAUAUUCUAGGUCUGUCUAAUGUGCUGGCAAGUGUGACAGCGCUUGCUUGACCUUGUAUUCACCUGCGGCGACAGGACUGUUUUGCCUUGUGAUGAGAAAAUAACUUUGGAGCAUAAAUGUUUUUUUACAUCCUAUUUUUCUCAUUCUUCUCUUUUGAUGACCUUGCCUUGUGGUAACAGCAGGUUGACUUUUAUAGCGGAUCUUUAGAAGUAUGAACAUAUGAAGAGUUUACUACCAAAAUACACAAUUUCUGGGGAAAAAAUAGUCCUGAGAUUUAUCAUUUAAGAGACAUUUUGACAUUAACGGACAGUUAUCUUGUAAAUAGGCCCAUCAUUUGUUUUUGUUGCUCUUAAUUAUUUCUUACAGAUAGUCACUUUUUGUAAAUGAUGGCUGUUAUUUUGGAAGCAAACUCUUCGUAUGCAGAUAGAUAAUCCUUUGGUUUGAGCCUUUGGGCAGCAUGUUGCCUUUGAUUAAAGUGAAACCAUGUGCUAACCAUGUUAGUGACGGUUUUAGAGUGAUGUGUUUGCUUACAUUGUGGGUGGUAUUCAAUGUGUGAAUUUCAUGGCUCUUUGCAGGGGACCUCUGAAAAGAAAAGGGCAUUGAAAUAAGAAAAUAUCACCUAUAUUUUCAAAGCAUCACUGAAGAUUUUUAGAUACGCUCUAUUGCUUCUUUGAAUUUCUUUUCUUUUUU